GGGUCGCGGUGUGAUGACAUAACGUUUACUAUGGAGGCAGAAAGGAAAAAGAGGGGAAGAAGGAGCAGUAGUGGCAGUAGCUCCUCUGGUAGUGAAGAUGAGCGGCCGAAGAGGAGAGAGGAGCAGGAUAAGGACACGGAGGAGCGAUGGGUGGGACCGAUGCCUGCCGAGGCUUCGCAAAGCAAGAAGCGGAAAGUUCUGGAAUUUGAAAGAGUCUACCUGAGCAAUCUUCCAAGUGCAUUGAUGUAUGAGCGCAGCUACAUGCACAGAGAUGUCAUCACCCACAUUGUCUGUACAAAGACAGAUUUUAUUAUAACAGCUAGCCAUGAUGGGCAUGUCAAAUUCUGGAAAAAGGUAGAAGAAGGAAUUGAAUUUGUAAAACAUUUUCGCAGUCAUUUAGGAGUAGUAGAAAGUAUUGCUGCCAGUUCUGAAGGAGCGUUAUUCUGUUCUGUUGGGGAAGACAAAGCAAUGAAAGUGUUUGACGUGGUGAACUUUGACAUGAUAAACAUGCUGAAACUUGGUUAUCAUCCUGGUCAGUCAGAAUGGAUUUAUUGCCCUGGGGAUGCAAUAUCGGCGGUGGCAUGCUCCGAGAAGAGUACAGGAAAGGUCUUUGUUUAUGAUGGGCGAGGGGAUAACACACCUAUGCAUAUAUUUGACAAACUCCACUCUUCUCCACUUACCCUGAUCCGGCUGAAUGCUGUAUACAAGGUGGUUGUGUCAUCAGACAAAUCUGGAAUGAUUGAAUACUGGACUGGUCCACCACGUGGUUACAAGUUUCCUAACAAUGUCAGCUGGGAGUUUAAGACAGACACUGACUUGUAUGAACUCGCAAAAUGUAAAGCAACUCUUUCAAGUAUUAGUUUUUCACCAGAUGGAAAAAAGAUGGCCACUAUUGGAUCCGAUAGAAAAGUUAGAAUUUUUCGCUUCUUAACAGGGAAGCUCAUGCGGGUUUUUGAUGAGUCUUUAAGUAUGUUUACUGAACUGCAACAGAUGAGGCAACAGCUUCCAGACAUGGAGUUUGGGCGACGCAUGGCUGUAGAGCGCGAGUUGGAGAAAGUGGAUGCUAUAAAAUUAAUGAAUAUCAUAUUUGAUGAGACUGGACACUUUGUUCUUUAUGGAACUAUGCUGGGCAUUAAAGUAAUUAAUAUCGAAACAAACCGGUGUGUACGUAUCCUUGGGAAGCAAGAAAAUAUCCGUGUGAUGCAGCUAGCUCUUUUCCAGGGCGUGCCCAAGAAGCAUCGUGCAGCUUCCACCGUAGAAAUGAAAGCGUCUGAUAAUCCUGUGCUGAUGAGUGCACAGCCUGAUCCUAUUAUUUUGUGCACAGCAUUCAAAAAGAAUCGCUUUUACACGUUUACCAAAAGGGAGCCGGAGGACACAAAAAGUGCUGACUGUGACAGAGACGUGUUUAACGAGAAGCCAUCCAAAGAAGAAGUUAUGGCAGCCACUCAAGCAGACGGACCAAAACGUGUUUCAGAUAGCGCCAUUAUCCACACUAGUAUGGGGGAUAUUCAUGUUCGCCUAUUUCCUGUAGAGUGUCCAAAGACUGUAGAGAAUUUCUGUGUCCACAGCCGCAAUGGUUACUACAAUAGCCAUAUAUUUCACCGUGUAAUUAAGGGGUUCAUGACUCAGACUGGUGAUCCAACAGGCACAGGCAUGGGAGGGGAAAGCAUAUGGGGAGGAGAAUUUGAAGAUGAGUUCCAUGCCACGUUGAGACAUGAUCGUCCGUACACUCUCAGCAUGGCUAAUGCUGGGGCCAAUACCAAUGGCUCGCAGUUCUUUUUAACAGUGGUGCCAACUCCUUGGCUUGACAACAAACACACUGUAUUUGGACGGGUAACUAAAGGAAUGGAAGUUGUCCAAAGGAUCUCUAACGUUAAGAUUAACCCUAAAACUGAUAAACCCUAUGAAGAUAUCACCAUAAUUAGCAUCACAGUCAAAUAAGUUUGUAUUUAAUCACUGAGCAUUCUGUACAUAUGCUGUAGUUUUAGACUAAGGUUGAGACUGCAAAAUAUUGAUUAAAAUUCUGUGACAUUUUCUUAAAAUAAAAUCUCAAAAUACA